CAGCGCGCGCGUCCCUCCUCUCCGGGCGCCGCCUCGCCUUUCCGCCGCCUGCCUUUGGGGAAGCGCCCCGCCGUCGCCCACCGGAGCAAGUGCGCACCUGGCGCGAUGGAUUUCGACCUGGCGGCAGCGCUGGGGCCCGACCCCCCGAAGCCCGAGCCCGUCGCGGAGAUGAAGCCGGGCCCGCGCAGCGGCGAUGCGCCUGCCCAGCCGUCGGGGGCGCCUUCUGCGGUCGAGGGCGCCGGAAAGAGCCUCGCGGAAGGCGGGCCCCGAUCUGCAUCCGACUCCAGCAGCAGCUCCUCCUCCUCCUCCAGCGACAGCGACCAGGAGCGCAAGGGACCUGGCACUGGCCGCCAGAAGAAGCUGAAGAAGCCCAAGAAAGAAAAGAAGGCCCAGAAGGAGAAGAAGAAGAAGAAGGGCCACUGAGUCCUGCACACACCAGAGCCCCUCGCUGCAGACCUGCCUAAGCCCCACCAGAGCCCAGCACAUGCUGCUCCUCCCAGCCAUGGAGCAGCUCCUUCCUUUGGCUCAGGACUUAAGCAUGUUAUGCUCCCUGGUGAUGGUUCAGCAGGGGAAGGGCUUUGCAGUUUGAAGGUUGGAGCACCAGGGGGCUGGAAGGCAGGCCUUGCAUUGUAUGCGGACGUGCUUUGCUUUCUUCUGCUGGCAGCAACAGCACCAACUUGGGAUGGCUUUCAAAGAUUGGACCAAUUCACAAAGGAGGAGGAGGAGGAGGGCCAACGAGGGCUCCUGGCCACAGAGGCAGUAAAUGCUUCUGAAUGGCAGGUGCUGGAAACCGCAGGAAGGGAGAAGGCUCUUGUGCCC